AUGCAAGAUGAACUUAAUCUUCUUAAAACUGCAUAUUCAGAUCUUAAAAGCAGUUACUCUAAAAAAGGUAUCUUGCAACAUUUUAAACAAUUUAUAUUUGACAACUCAGAUUCAAAAGAGAUGGCAGAAUCUAUUAAAGAAAUGUUAAAUAAAUAUUGGGUUAUUUUUGACUAUAACAAAUUAACAAAGAUAGCUACAAUUCUUGAUUCUGUAUCUAAAUUAAUGAUAUUUCUGAAUUCUACUGAGAAAGAUAAUGCUAUUGCUAGUCUGAAAAAUAUAAUAGUUCA